GUGACAGAAAGAGGUGGAGGUUGACAUCAGUGGUCUGUCAGUGUCCCUUCCUGUCACUAAUCUCAUCUGUCUCCAUUCCCUCUAUAUUCUGCAGUUGAUUCAGGUUGUCAAGUGUUUUGGAAGCCAUAGUUAUAAGAGCAGCAGAGCAUUCUGAACAGACCAGUAGCCAAUACAUGGGAUAUUAGGUCAUGACUUUUUGUGCAACAUAAAUUGACAUGGCCCAAUGUCAAGCAUCUGAUAGUGACACUUCAGCAUCUGAUUUUCAGCAUCUGACACAAGAUAAAGCAAAUGAAAAAGGCAGUAAGCUAAGGUAGAAUUAGCUCAUUGCAGCGUGGUUUGUGUUUUCACAGAGGUGUUUGAGGCAAGAUACCUUUAAGCACUUUUGAGGAACUUCAGUUAACUACAAUAGUGUUUUGUACAACAUCAAAGGCACUACCAAGUACCAGCAAUCUGUAGUUAUGGCAUGUAAAAGAGAGGCGCUGGGAUGCAUUGCUGGAGUGCAGGAGGUUAUUUCCUACCUGUCUGGCGAGACAAGCUCAGAAGAUACAUCAAAUGCCAUGGAUGAUGACACAGGCUGGCCGGACAGCGACCCGGCGUCCUGGGGCUGGGGCGAGGAGGAGGCCAUGGGCACAUCGCCCACUGCCGAGCAGACUCCAGCGGGCGCCGGGGCCGCCACCGACCCCGACUGGCUGGACGCGGCCGCCGUGGCCGUCUCCCCGCUCGGAGAUGUGCUGGCGGUGGCCACCGACCAGCGCGUGGUGCUGCUCAAUGGUCAGUGGGACUCGGAGAGCUCCCAGUCGCGGUUCACCGUCUCCGCUCGGCUGGAGGCGCCCGAGGCAGUGCCGGUGACGUCACUGCUCUGUCUGCCGCUAGCGUCCAAUCAGCGCAGCUCGUCGGGCGCCGCCGACUGGACGUGUCUGGUGGUGGGGCAGCAGUCCGGACACCUCGUCUUCUAUACAGAGGACGGGUCGCUGCUGUUCCGCCAGCGACUGCACGAGUCGUCGGUACUCAGUGUCUCCUGCAGCAGUCGUCAGGUGUCUCCGACUGUGGAGGACGAGCUGACGGUGGUGUUCGAGGACGCUGUGGUGAUGCUGGACGGGUUCAGCCUGUACCAGACGCUGAGGGCCUGCAGGAACCAGCUGGCCAGAGUGCGCGCGGGCGGCGGUGGCGGCCUGGAGGUGCCGCCUCUGGCCCGCUCCAAGUGGGAGCUGCGUCUCCAGCAGCGCCUGGAGACGGCGGAGAACGUGGGUUUCCGCUCCACGGCGCUGUUUGACCACCUGCUGCAGCAGUCGCUGCACCGGCCCGGGGGUACGGUCAGCAGUGGCACAGUGCCGGCCGGAUCACUGCUGGUCACCACAGGCCAGUGUCCGUUCGUGGGCUUCUUCCACGCGGCGGAGGGCGUUGAGCAGGCCCGCCUCGACCAGGUGUUCCGCGGAGUGGCUUCCAAGGUCAAGGACACCGUCUUCUCCACGCUCGGGAGUUUCUGGUCGGGCGGCCCGAACCAGAAGGACCCUUCCAAGGAUCGGCCGGAGCUGGAGCCUGGAAAACCAAUCGACUGCAAGUUCGGUUUACCGGACGUACAGCGCCAGGGUCAGGUGAUGGCGCUGUCACGUGACCGUCAGCUGAGCGCCGUCACCGACAGUUUCGGCCGCGUCACGCUGAUCGAUAACCACGCGGGCGUGGCGCUGCGCAUGUGGAAAGGAUACCGAGACGCCGAGUGCGGCUGGCUGGAGGUGCGUGAGCCGCGCCCCUCGGGCCGCCGCUCCGGGUCCAGCUCCAGCUCCAGCUCCGGGUCUGGCUCCGGAUCCAGCCGCCGGACCCGGUUCCUGGCGCUGUACGCGCCCCGCCGCGGCCUGCUGGAGGUGUGGUCGGCGAUCGGGGGGCCCAAGGUGGCCGCAUUCAACGUCUCCAAACACGGCAGACUGGUGAACGUGGCGCACGGCCUGGUGGGCGUCACGGACCAGGAGGGCGGCGCCCGGAAGGCGCCCAAGCUGCUGCAGUGUGUGUUCCUAUCGUCAGACGGACGGCUGUUCACGCUCAACGUGCCGUUCCACCUAGCUCUCAGUGAGCGCAGCAGUCGUCGCGCCCACGGCCAGCACCUGCUGCGCGAACUGCGCACCCAACUGCGCGCGCCGCCGCCGGACGCAGCCGGCUACCUGCGCAGUCAGCUGAGCGCGCUGCGCACGGCCGGCGCGCGCCAGCAGGCGCUGGAGGCGGUGCUGUCCUGCCGUCGACUGACCAGCGCUGAUAUGGAGGCUGCUGUGGACGCCGUGCUGGAUGCCUACACGGGCCACGAACCUUCCGCGCUGAGCCACGAGUGUCAGUCGCUGCUGCAGACCGCGAUGGCCUACCGACGCCUGCUGAGUGCUUACGACGUGCUGGAGCGCCUGGAGGCGGCGCCUCCGCCCUACCAGCAGCCAGAGGAGGAUCUUAGCACGACGGAUCUGUCCGAGCUACUGCGCCUGUCCCCGACGCGGACCGCCGAACUGGUAUCCCGGCUCGACCCGGCUCCCUCGCCGACCUCCGAAGGUGACGGCGAGCCCCGCGCGCGUGUGACGUUUGCGGCUGAGCGGCGCGCCGGCCCCGCGGCGUUCCUGGCCUGCCUGGAGGUGACGGCGCCGCACGGACAGGCAGCGGUCUCCGUGAAGAAGAGUCUGACGGAAGAGGAGCGGCGGCAGCUCGCUGCCCUGCUGUUCGGCGCGUGUCUCUCGCUACCGGAGGCGCCGGAUGAAUGGCGCGCGGCCGUGCUGCGCUGCGGCGUGCCGGCUGCGCAGCUACUGCGCCUGCUGGCUGACUGCUGGCUGGAGAGCGGCGCGCCGCUCCGACCGCAGCACCUGGUGGGACUGGCUGCUCUGCUGACCACUGUGGCGGCCCAGACUGCGGACCAGCCCGGCAGUCCCUCCGCCGGCACCGGCUCGUCGCUCUGGCAGGAGGUGCAGGAACAGAUAGCUGAGGCGCCGGCUCUGCGGCGUGCUCUGGCCCUGGCCACCGUCUGCAGAGCAGUGGCUAUCAAAAUGGAGGAGCAACGCUACGCCGCCGCACUGGAAAAGCGAUUCGGGAAGGCGGCCGAGGCGGGCGAGGACGUACCGGUACCGUCCCGCUCUGCGGCUGUCUCAGGAGACUGGGAACAGCUGACGGAACAGACCGUCAGCUGGGACUUGCUGCUGCACCAGCUGAGUGACGUCACCGCCCUGUGUGACGUCAUACCGGCGGCGCACCGGGCGGACGUCACGCUGCGCGCCCUGCUCACCAAAGGACCUGGCGCCGUGUCAGAGCUGGUGGCCCGCUGGCUGCUGGAGGUCGGUGUCGAGCCGGCCGACCUGGCGCCGCCCCCGCCCGCCGCCGCCCCCGCCCAGGAGGCACCGCCCGAGGACGCCUCAGAGGCGGCGGCGGCCGCGCCGGCGCCGGACGAGCCGCCGGCGGCUGAGUGGGGCAGAGAGGCAGCGGAGCCGACCACGGAGGAGGGCCGGCGCCGGCAGCGCAUACAGGACUGGGUGUCGCCGCUGGCCGCGCGGUUCCCGCACAGUGUCCGUCCCGACACACUGCUCCUGAACCUCGCCUGGGAGGAGGCCGCCGCCUGGAACCGGCACCGCGAGCACACCGACCGGCUGCGCAGGGCCGUCGCCUUCGCGGCGCACAUCGGCAACGCCCACCUCAGAUACGGCGCCUGCUGUCUGCUGUGGUCGGCCGUCCUGUGCCGUCCGUGUGCGGCGCUGGCCGGGCUGCUGCAGCGCUCCGGACACCGGCCCGAUGACGCUCUCUGCCGGCGCGAGCUGCAGCUGCCGCAGCACCAGCUGCCGUCCCUGACGGACGCCUGCAGCGAGCUGCUGGAACAGCUGCUCAAGGCGCUCAUCACCAGCGAGGUGGAGCGGCCGCCGGUGCUGUACUCGGAUAACCUGUGGACGGCGGCGGCCGGCCGGGCCGACUCGCUGCUCGCACUGGCCGUCCGACAGCGGCCCUGCUCCGAGGAGCUGGUCUCGCUCCACCUGCAGGCCGUGGACGUGAUGCGCGCUCAGGUGCACCUGGACCUGCGCGGCGUCCACCCCUACGGCUGCUUCACCGAGAAGGACGGCGGCCUGCUGUUCGGUGAGCUGUCGGCGCGCUACACGCCUCCCCCUGCCGUGGACCAGACGGUGCGCUGCCGGCGCGAGGCGCUGCUCCAGCGCUGGGUGACGGCCGCCGUCGGCCUCGUUACCGAGCGGCCCGACGGACAGGCGGAGCUGGCCGAGACGGCGCUGUGGGAGCGCCGCUGUCGGGAGGCGGCGCGCGGCUGGGACAUCGCUGAGGACGUGGUGCGUCGCCGGUACGCGCUGGACCUGUACAGCGCCGGGCACGACCUCGCCGCGCAGGAGGUGCUGCUCGGUCUGACGAGCGCUGCCGGCCUGCCGUCACAACUGCUGCUGCUCGCCGGUGCCCGCGUCAGGCACUACAUCCACAGCUCCAGCAACAUGAUGCCGCUGCUGGCCAGGCUCACCAUGAACUGCGCCGACUUCAUCGAAAUCGCGAACACGCCGCUGCAGUGUCCCUCGGUGCCUCUGGAGCGGACGCUGGCCCUGCUGAGGCACGUGGUGCGACUGCAGCCCGAUUCGGCCUCAGAGUGCCGACUCGCACUGGAGAUGGUCGACCUCGUCGAGUCGCUGUUCUCCGACGCCGCCAAAGGCUCGCACUAAGGACCCGCGGCCGCCGGCUCCCCCUCCGCUGGAGUUGGUGGAAAGAAGACGGUGAUAUGGUUAUCAAAGCUGCAGCUGAGGCGGAUGCGAGGAACAGAAACCGGAUGACACUGAGAGGUUAGCUGGUGGCGGCGCGCCCCGCAGGAGUGACACGCUUGCCGCCUGUCAUUGGCCAGAUGCUGGACACCCGUCCAGCGCCAGUAGGCUAGCUGCUGCUCUGUAGUGCGCUAGUUAGUCAACGACAUGCUCCCCUCCGGACCCAUGCAGGUUAUUCUACACAGACCAGAGUGUUUCCGAAACAAUCGCCAGUGAAACACACGGCCCAUCGGCGUUCCAGAUGCUGGCGGAGGGAGAGGGAUAUGACCGGACAUGUUUAUACGAUCAAGUAGCUGUCUGAAAAGUCUAGCUAAGGUGCUGCAGAUGCCUUGUCGUUUGCUUUCACACGUUGUCCAGGUUGUGCUGUUCACGAGGCUAACCAUUAUUCUUUCCGUAGAUGUGCGGGACAAGGGUUGGUCCAUAUCUUGCCUGUUGCCAGAGUACUGUCAAGAUUGGGACUUGUUGGAUCUAGUGGGUCGUAUAAGUAUGCAGUUAUAAGUUAAGAUGGGGCUGAUAUUGACACGAAGAGGACUGGGGUGACUACCAUAUACUUCCAUGCUUUAUUGUGAUAUUGAAAGUGAUGCAUGGGGGAUCCAAAAGGGAAAAAGUGAAUGGAAGAGAAUCACAUGUAUUUUGGGCGAAUGCUGGCUUUAAAAAGUGCACAUUUAAAGAUGUGAAAUAUACGCUAAUAGUCCUACACUA